AUGACAGGAAAGAGGUCAAGGAGGGGAAAUACGGCUAAGAAAAGCCUUCGAAUGAGGAAGAUCGUGCUUUGCUUGAAUACCUGUUUUACAGGGCUGCUUAUUUCUCCUGUUCUGGCGAAUGAUGUUCACUUGACGUACGUGGAGGACGAUGUGACCUUUAUCACAGGCACAUCCCCAAAAGUGGGUUCCAAUGUCAACUUCGGAAUUUACCAACACUGGUGUUUGGGGAACAUCAACAAGUGCUCGAAUGGUAUAACUGUCACUUUCUUUUUAAAACCGAGACCAGGAAACGAAACAUCACCGGAAGUUGUCGUCAUUACAAACGGGGGACAUUCAUAUUUCUCUGAAGGGUUUUACCUAUUGCAAAGGUACGGCGACCAGUAUGAAUUCGGUAUUUCCAAAUCCGAAAAUGUAUGGAAACACACUUUCCGACUACUCCCGAAUGUGUGGACCAAUAUCUUUGGCUCCUGGAACGAUAGUGGCGGAUUAAAGCUCUACGUGGACGGACAUCUUCUGAAAGAACUUGGACCAGAAAAGAGAGAAUAUGAAGGAGACAAUUUUGAUCCCUUUUCCGAAAUUGUUAUCGGAAGGGACAGGGAGGGGAGGGCGAUUGACGACAAAAACCUGUUCGAUGUUGAAGAUCUUUUCAUUUAUAAUUCUGCAGAAAACACUGAUAACCAUCCAAUAGAUGAUGAACGUUACUACCUCGGAUGCAGACUUCAAAGUACAGAUGAAGGUUCCUUGUUGAAUUUAUCAACAUCUGAAACUGCAGUUCACGCCUGUAGAGCACACUGCGACAGUCCCAUAGUUGAAAUUAGUCCAAAUGAUAAGUGCAACUGCUUAAAUCUUGAUGUUUUACCAUUGAUCGUCACAGACGAACGAUGUAUUUCAGGGUCAGGAGUCGGUAAAUUCUACUCUGUGUCUGGACUUACAACAACACAUAACUAUCACCUGACGGUUAGAGCACACCCUCUGCAUAAAAGUUCAUAUACUAAACCUUUUGAAACCGUUGGUAUCGAAAUAGGAACAAACUUUGAUACACAGGAAAAUUUUAAAGUUCAGUUUGGAGAUGGUAUUACACUGAAUACCAAAGAGAAGGUCUUAAGUCACUUUUGGUCAUCUCAAGAUAUUUUCACAGUCACCGUUUCCACGUCUAUAGGUGAUAUAUUAUUGUCGGCGGAGGUUGAUUUCGAAGUGAAAGACGUGGAUGAAGGGGUACGUCCAGAAAUGGCUGUUGUGUCAGCGAUACACUCACCAAUCCAGCAAUCAGCCGAAUAUGAACUCUUGGCAUUUAGCAAUUAUGUCACAAAAUGCACGGUUACAUUUGGAGACAUGAAGGCCUUCAAUGAGCAGGCGUCACAAAAUUAUUUCAACAAAGUGUACAUCAAUCACACAUACGACUCUUUCGGAGAAUAUCUUAUCGAAUAUACUUGUGUGAAUGUUUAUGGAGAAACGAAGAAUUCAACAACAUUCGUUUCCAAGUUAUUUGACAUUCCAUUUCUAUAUCACAACAGAAACGAUUCCUUUUUGUUCAGGAUUCAUGGUAACGAAAGAUACCUAGAGACCUUGAAUGUCAUACGUAAUGGAGAACAAACACUAGAAUCCAAAGUAUUGGAGAAUGGGAUUCUGGUCAAAUCAUUAGACCUAAAACCUUAUGAGAAUCUUAUUACCAUUAAAAGUGGGAUAAAGACGCUUAUUAAACGUAUAUUCUAUGUACAACACUCGGUGGAGGAGGCAUCAAUUGCACCAAUGAAAAGAAGUAAUGCUUGGCAUCUCACAACCAACAUUACCGUUCAAAUUCCUGUCGGACUGGAGACGUUCAUUAACUGCUCUUUUGGUAUAGGUGAACACUUCAUGUUUUACAUUGACAAAUCAGAGGAAUCAUUAGGAAUGACGUUUGAAGUGGAAUACCCCUCUCUUGGAUACUACCCUGUCGUCGUGGACAUGUCUAAUGAUAUCAGCGUCUCUCGUGCAGAGGAUUUAAUUUCUAUUGAAGUUCCCAUUGUGUCUAUGAAACUGACUACAAGUAACAUAACGGAUAAGACCCUCCCCGUGGUAGUAAAGGUGGACCUGAAUGGUAAUAUGCCUGGACCGGACAAAGUCGAAUUUCAUAUACGACAUGGAGACGGCAAGGUUGAUGACGUCAGCUACAGAAGUCCAUCAGAAAAGUUUACAUCAUUUCAAAAUAAACAUGUGUAUGACAACUGGGGAAUAUAUAAAAUCUGUGUAACGGCCAAAAAUCAAAUAAGUGAGGUCUUUCAGUGCAUUUUGGUUCAAGUAGGACAGAACCUUACUCAUGUAGAUUUACAGACAUCAACUUUAGGUCGUGUUCUCAAAAAUGAUUAUGCAAAGGUUAACAUCACGACCUAUACUGGAUCUGAUGUCACGUAUGAGAUAGAUUUUGGCGAUGGAAAGUUUACAUUUACAGAUAGACAGCUAGAAAAUGGAAUAGUCACCAGUGGAAGUCACGAAAAUGAUGUAAGCAUUGAUUCAAACAGUACGUCGACAAAUGACACAUCCUUGGAAGAUUCCAGUAAUGCUACACAGACAUUGACCACCCUUAUCACUGUAGUUGAGAAUCUCAAUUCCACAACAACGCUAAAUCCAACAACAGAAACAACAUCGAUAACAACUACAGAAAAUCUUCAUCGUAAGAUUAGAUCAGUGACAUCCUUAACGCAGUUUUACGCUAUUCGAGUAUCAGAUGAGAUCAUUACAGUGGGACAUUUGUACACAAGAAGUGGAAGAUAUAGUGUGAACGUAAAAAUAAGGAAUGCAUUUUCUAUUGUUAGAGCUAAACUUUGUCAGAGCAUCAUUGUAGAUGAUGUAAACGACAUUAAGUGUCAAAAGCCUGCGGUAAACUUUGCAAAUGUUCAAUCUUCUUUCGCUAAUCCCAUAACAAGAAUCCGUUCGGAAGAAUUCAACAUAACGGUCACUGCAACAUCUUCUUGUGUAUCGGCUAAUCUGUUUACCUUUUCAUGGAAAGCUGAGAAAUUCAACAAGGGCAAGAAGGAACCAAUUAAAGAAAUUUGUUCCUUGGAAUCGCCCGAUAACGUUUUGGUCGUCCCGGCAGUGUUCUUAUCGUAUGGCGUGUACCGACUGACGGUUUCUGUGGCCCCAUUGGGUCACAGUCUAAGGACAGAAGAAAAGUCGGUAUUUGUUUCAAUCGAAGCAUCCAAUCCAUACGCUGAAAUAGCAGGCGAAAAAGAAACAGAUUUUCUGAUAUAUGCCAAUGCAGUUUUUGAUUUGAAUCCUUCCCGUGAUCCUGAUUUGUUAACAAAAAGCAAGACCGGAUUAGAAUUCGACCUUGUUUGCGCCACAAGCAAGGACUUUGAAUCGGCAGACGCCGUCUCCUUCCAGCAGUUAUCAUCAAGAUCUACAUUGAUUUACGAGGACAAUAUGUUCAAAGAGAGUACAAAUAAUCCUGUAAAACUUUACGAUUAUGGAGAUUGUUUUAUGAAUGUUGACAACAUGACGAAAUCCAUUUCGGUUAUGGAUGGUCGCGUGUCUUUUCCAGCAGAAUAUUUUGCUUCCGAAGAGUUUGUUUUCAAACUGUUUGUUUCAAAAGAGGGUCGUAUAAAUAGCACAACACAGACAGUGAAAAUUAAAUUGACCAAUUCAACGGAUAUUGCCGGUCAGUUGGAUGCCAUGGCGAGUAUAAAAGAUUGUGGAAGUUUACUCAGGGCUGUGGCCGUGGUGUCUGGAGAAUUUUUAACUGGUGGGGGAAAUAGUACUAGUGAUGACCAAGAAGAAGAAUUGACAGAGGUCCGUGCAUUUAUGACAAAUUUGCUCGAUAACUUGGCAGAUAAAACAGAAAAUCUUGACCAGUGCAAAGGAGUUGCGGGUGCUGUAGCGGGUCUAACAUCAAAUCCGGACCAGACCAGCUCUUCUGCUAGGGCGUCUGGAGGAAGCGCUGUCAAUAAGAGUAUGAACACGAUGAAAGACAAAUUUGGAAAUUCCAAUUACGAUGCUGUAAAAGACGCCUCAGCUAGUGCGGUAACAGGAAUGAGUAACCUGCUCCCUACGGAAGAUAAGGCAGAAGUGGCGGCAAGGAAACGGAGGAAAAAGCGGGAAGCAUCCCAGAAUCCGGUGCCACUUCAAACAGACAGCAACGCCGACCAACUCGACUCGUACGACCUUAUAAUGAAGGAAGAAGAUGCCAAUCUUCAUCGAUUCUUUGACGAUUUAUAUGAAUUUGUGUUUAUAUUUAAAAAGGCAUUUCGACGUGCUGUGAAAAACUACUAUGCAAUAAUGUGGAUUAACAAGGAAACCACUUUAGCCGACGCAGAAGAAUUUUUCCGGGACGUUAUAAUCGAGUGGGAACCGUUUGAUGUUGAAAAAUAUUUGUUAAAGUAUUGCAGGCAUGAGAAAGAUCUCCUAGACCAAGAGAGAUUACUGGCAGACAAAAAUGUAGCAACAGCAAGCACUGGGGCGGUUGAUUCCAUAUCUGGACUUUUGCUGGGGAAAAUGGAAGCCUCUAGAAGACGAAGACGAAGAAGAUCGCUUCCUGGAAACGGAACACAAGCAGAGGCCGAAGUAGAGGGAGAAGACGACCUGGAACAAGAGUGUGCUAUAAAUGCUCCAGGGAUGGGACUGGGGUUAAAGAACAUUGAUCCGGAUCAACCUGGUCCAGCACAAAUGUCAUCAAGUUUUGGUAGUUUUGAAAUACCUGAAGGAGUUAUACCAAAAUCAGAUGAUGGAGGCGGAGUUGGCACUACCCUCGUUACCACCAAAGGUAAUCCCAAGACUUGGGGCGCUAAUUCCAAUGGGAUCAAAUCUUCCGUCUUGUCUUUGGAUUUGUCUGGAAGUGGUGGCGGAAGUAAAGUUAAGGUGAAUAACACGAAAGCGCCAAUGAAACUCAUGAUACAAGGAAAAGCGGAAGAUGUACCAGAACCAUUCCAGUGGAUGUUGUGUGUACCAAGGGGUGUUUCUCCCGAAGACGCCACUCAGUGGAACAACCAUCCUGUACCAGUUACUGAAAAUGACACUGCGCUCCACUUCCUAUUGUGGCCCGACAGAAAAGGAGAUAGAUUCAAUGUCUACUUUAAAUACAAAGAUCGGCCAAAUGCCACCCAUUAUGACUACAAGACAACAAUGCCCCACGAACCUAUCGAUUUCCCUGGUCAUCAGAGUAAAGAUCCAGAUGUUUUGAAUCAGAUGUUGCAUACCUUCUAUCCGCCACAGAAUAUGACGAAAUUGAAUGGAACAUAUUGGGUUAGCAUUGGGAUUGCAAAAACUGACGUCGAUUUUGGAAGUAGUGAGACGUGUUUAAACUACUCAACACAGUCUUUUGUACCAAGUUGUAAAUUCUGGGACGACGAAACAGAGACAUGGAAGGGGGAUGGUUGCAAGGUUGGUAAUGGUACAACAAAGUGGAACACUGAGUGCUUGUGUACUCACUUGACUUCGUUUGGUGGCGAUUUUGCUGUACCUCCCAACACAAUUGACUUUACCAACGUAUGGGCAAAGUUUGCAAAUCUGAAUGAGAAUGCAGCUGUUUUCUCCACCGUCGUAGCUUUGAUUGGCGUAUACAUCAUGUUGCUAAUCUGGUCACGAUAUAUGGAUAAGAGGGAUAUUAUAAAGUGGGGUGCCACACCUUUGGAAGACAACCUUCCAUCGGAUAACUAUCACUACCAGAUGACGGUACAGACGGGCGUCCGUAAGAACGCGACAACGAGGUCCAAAGUCAGCUUCAUUAUGUCAGGGGAGAAUGGCGACAGCGGUGUUAGACGAUUGUACGAUGGUCAUAGAAAGGAACUCGAAAGUGGUAGUAUUCUAAACUACAUUUGUAGUGUGGAAAAACCACUUGGCUCUCUGACUUUCAUGAGGAUCUGGCACGACAACAGUGGCAAAGGGAAAUCGAAGAGUUGGUUUCUGGAUCAAGUACAAAUCACUGACCUUCAGACUGGUGACAGGUACAUUUUCCUCUGUGACAGAUGGCUAGCUUUGGAGGAGGAUGACGGAAUGGUAGACAGAAUCCUCCCAGUGGCUGGACUGGAGGACUUAGUAGCUUUUAAGCAACUCUUUUCUGCCAAUGUCCGCAAAAAGCUUUCCAAUGAACAUCUGUGGUUUUCCGUCUUCUCAAGACCUACGAAAAGCAGCUUCACGCGUGCACAACGUAUUUCAUGUUGCAUGUCACUUUUGUUUAUGACGAUGAUUACAAACGCCAUGUGGUUUAAAUCUGAUGAUAAUGCUAAGCAAUCACAAGCUCUAAAAGUUGGUCCGGUGUCAUUCACUGUACAACAGUUCUUUGUAAGCUUUGCCAGCACAAUGCUAGUAUUUCCUGUCAACUUUAUAUUGAUCACCUUCUUCAAAAAAUGUCGCCCAAAACAAAAUGCCGUGAUACAAAGGCACCAACAACAGCCAAAGCGUGGUAAAUGGAAGAAUGUCACGAACGGGUCGCAAAUUUGGGGUGAUGUGACUAUGCCAAGUCGAUGGAAGCGGUUUAAGGAUUAUAUCUCUGAUCUAGUCAACUUCAAACAAAAGGCCAAGUACGGAGCAGAUGAUAAUGAUUCAGAUGAUGACGACGCUCCGAAAACAAGAAUUGUUGGUGUACCUGAAGAUGAAAAAGAGAAAAAGAAGAAGAAAAAGAAACCAGGAACUCUGCCACACUGGUGUCUCUACAUUGCUUGGGUUUUGUGUUUCUUCAGCAUCACGACGGCAGGAUUCUUUACCAUCCUGUAUAGUUUAGAGUGGGGGAAGGAAAAGGCAAAUGAAUGGCUCACGACAUUCCUUUUGUCUUUUUUCCAAUCUGUUAUCGUUGUUCAACCUAUAAAGGUGAUGUUUCUCGUUGCUUUCAUAGCUUGUAUCCUAAAGAAACCUGCUUUAGAUGAAGAGGACACGAAUGAAGACUUGAAUAAUGUCAUUGCAGCACAUGAUGAGGAAUUCAUUGGAAAGGAUAAUGGGACAAUAGAGGAAAUUGCUGCAAAGCGUAAAGAGGCAAACGCUGAGUUUCAACCUCCAGACCCAGCUACACUAGAAGAGGCGAGACAGCAACGCCUGCUAGAACUGAAAAUGGAAGAAGUUUUGAAAGAACUAAGCGCUUAUAUCUUCUUUGUCAUCAUCUUGUUCUUUCUCUCUUACCAGCAAAGGGACUCGAACUCCUAUAUGUAUGCAUCGAAUCUAAAGAACAGCUUUACCCACAACUUUGAGUCGAUAUCUACAGUUGAUCAGUACUGGGUAUGGCUUGAAACUAAGUUGGUUCCUUCUCUUUACGCCACCCAUUAUCAUAAUGGGACUGAAAUCAGGCGUUGGUGGGAAAAAAGGUGUAUUAAAGAUAUGGCCUCAAGACGUGUGGGUAUUCCUCGGCUACGGCAGCUUCGUGUUAAACCAAAUACCUGCAAAGUCGGUCCAUAUAUGCGUACUUUGAUCCAUCACUGCCGAGAUGAAUACGGAUGGACGGACGACGAUGCCAAAGUUUAUCUACCGAAAUGGGAAAAGCCCAGUCCUGAAAAUGAAACAAUGCUUACAAAGUUAAAAAACCCUGGUCCUUGGGUAUACCAAAGCUCGGUAAAGUUAGCAAAUGCGCCAUAUAUGGCAACGAUGUCGACUUACAAAGGCGGCGGAUAUGUGUACAUGUUCGAAAGAAAUGUUGAAAGAACCAAACACAGUCUGAAUGGAUUGAAAAAUGAUAUUUGGAUGGAUGCUCAUACCAGAGCAAUUUUUCUAGAAUUCACAGUGUACAACCCAAACAUUAAUUUGUUUGGCUCUAUGAUUAUGGUUAUUGAAUUCUUGUCGACUGGAGGAGCAGUGCCAAGACUUGAGUGCAAGGUGUUCCGAUUGUUGAACUACGUUGGGGGCUUGGGGGUAAUGGUCCUUAUCGCAGAGGUUAUUUAUGCUAUCUUCAGUUUGUACUUUUUUGUACGGUGUAUCAAAAAAGUGAAGAAACAGAGGAUGAAGUAUUUCAAGGAAUUUUGGAACAAAUUGGAGUUUGCGCUUCUCUGCUUCUGCAUAGCCGUCAUAGCUAUGUAUGCACUUAAACAAACACUAACAACGUUGGCAAUGAAAGCGCUAAAGGAUCCAGAAAAAGCUGAUUACGUGAAUUUCCAAUCCCUGGCUCUUUAUGAUGAAAUGUAUGGCUUCAUGUGUGGUUUCGUAGUGUUCUUAGCCACUGUCCAGUUCCUGAAACUCUUACAAUUCAACAAGAAGAUGGGCAUGUUGGGCGAAACAGUACAGUACGCUACAAAAGACCUCAAAGUAUUUAGCAUUGCAUUUUUGCUGUACUUUUGGACUUUCACAGCCACGGGUUUCUUGCUCUUCAGCAAUUCCAUGAUUUCCUAUAGCAAUGUCGUAGGCGCAGCAGAGUCCAUGUUUGCGUUUACACUGGGCAGCUUUGAUUUUGUUGCCAUGCAAACUGCACAACCCGUGCUGGGCCCCAUAUUUUUCUUCAUGUUCAUUUUGGUCGUAUACGUGGGUCUGAUGAGCAUUUUCUUGACCAUCAUUGCUGAUGCAUUCUCGACAGUCAAAGAAAACCUUGAAGGGAAACAGAAUGAGUACGAGUUCAUUGACUACUUCACGAAGAGGUUUAAACAAGUAAUGGGAUUUGCAUAAAUAUUCACAAGUACCCAAUACAAGCACAUUCAAAGAAGCAGGUUUCUCGAUUCUUGAGGCUUUAUGUAGUCAAGUAUAUAUCAUCUGAAAUAACAAAAUUGUGUAAUACAAUUACUUCCGAGUUUUCUUCAUUCAUAGCGUGGUCUAGGUAUUAACAUCUUAUUCAGAUUUAUGAAUUUUCCUAAAAAUGUAUAAACUAUAAACUAAUGUUUUGCACAAUUUGCGAAUACAUGCAUUUCUAUUUUCUAUAUGAAUUAAAAUCUUAUGUUUGGUUAAAUAUGAGAAAGGAAUACAUAUACAUGUACAUGUAUAUAUAUUUAACUUCAAUCACGAAAUAUUCAGUAUUGUUUGAGAGAAUAUUACCAUGAUAAAGCAAUGUAUACUUAUCUAUAUGCAGCCUCCUUCAAAUUGUUUCUUACGAAUUAUCAUUUUCUAACAAAAACACAGACGACCGGCAGUUUUGCUGGUGAACCUGUUCACUUACUCGGCGAGAAUAUUGUCCUUCAAACAUUACAUCGUUUGUUACUGUUAAUUCAUCGAUUAACUAUUUUGUUGUAGAGAAUAUUUGGAUUACUAAAAUAAAAAGUUUCUCACCUGAGCUUUCAUAAACUGAUCUUUGCAAUU